UUGAGGGAGCCACUGUAUGGAUGAUGAUUGUUUUCCUACCCCCCGUCCCGUUUUUUUUUGUUGUAUAUAAAAAAAAAUAAAAAUAAAUAAAUAAAUAAAGUUGUGGUUGAUAGCCGCUAGAUGGUUUUAAUUCAACCAGCUGUCGAGGAAUAUGAGAGAGUGUGUUGGACCAAUCACAUAAGACCACGAUCGCAAUGGUGGUGUUAUCUAUAAUUGUGUGGAUUUUAUUUAUAUGUAUAAGAAACACACACAGAAACAGUUUAUUGUUAAACCCAUAAAAAGUCAUUCGAUUUUUUUUAUAUAUAUUAUUGAAAUUAUUAUUAAAAUUUGAAAUAGAACAUUUGUUUUGAAUAGCUCAAUUUUGAUGUUUUAGUUUUUUUUUAAAUUUAUUUUACAUUAUAAUUAAUCAUAAUUAAUUAAUAAUGUUUCAUUGCGGAUUGUUAUUGGUGUUGCUGAAUUUAUCACCGGACGUUGGUGGUAGUGUGUCACAAAAAGAAGUUGAUAAACAUCUGGAUUUAGGAAGGGACUUUUUGGCAAAAGGACAAUUUCGUGAUGCAUUGACACAUUAUCAUGCUGCUAUUGAUGGUGAUCCAAAUAAUUAUUUAACAUAUUAUAAACGUGGAACAGUAUUUUUGGCACUUGGUAAAGCAAAACAAGCAUCACAAGAUUGGCAAAAAGUAUUACAAUUAAAAUCAGAUUUUACACCAGCAAGACUUCAACGUGCACAUGUUUUAUUAAAACAAGCAGAAUUUAAUGAAGCUGAAAAUGAAUAUAUAAAUGUAUUAAAUUUUGAAAUUAAUAAUCAAGAAGCAAAUGAUGGUCUUGCUAAAACUCGUCAAGCAAAAUAUGAUUAUGAUGAUUUUGAAUUAAUGGUACAAAAUCAAGAUUAUCAUGGUGCUAUUGAUUUAUUAACAAAAAUUAUUGAAGUAUGUCCUUGGUCAGUUAAAUUACGUGAACUAAGAGCUGAUUUUUAUAUUGAUUAUCAUGAUGAUAUUACAAGUGCCAUAUCAGAUAUACGUUUUACAACAAAAUUAGUAUCUGAUAAUACAAAUGGAUAUUAUAAACUUUCAUCAAUGCUUUAUCGUCUUGGAAAUGUUGAGGAUGCACUAAAAGAAAUUCGUGAAUGUUUAAAACUUGAUCAAGAUCACAAACCCUGUUCAGAACUUUAUAAGAAAAUUAAAAAAAUAUAUAAAAAUAUAAAUGAUGCAUCAAAAGCUGAAGAAUUACGUGAUUAUAAUAAAUGUAUUAAUUCAGCAAAAUCAUUAUUAAAUUUAGAAAAAGAUAUGGAAAAUGUUAGAUAUCAUGGUUAUCAUAGUAUUUGUAAAUGUGCUAAAGAUACUGAUACAACAUUAUCAAUUAAAAAUUGUCUUGAAGCUGUUAAAAUAAAAAAAGAUGAAGAUAUACUUAUUGAUACUGCUGAAGCAUAUUUAUCAGCUGAACUUUAUGAUGAUGCUAUUAGAACAUUAAAUGAUGCAUUAAAAAUUGAUUCUGGUAAUGUUAAAAUUAAAGAAAUGUUACAAAAAGCACAACAACGACAAAAAAUGUCAGAAAGUAGAGAUUAUUAUAAAAUACUUGGUGUUUCAAGAAGUGCAACAAAACGUGAAAUAAUAAAAGCAUAUAGAAAAGCUGCACAAAAAUGGCAUCCAGAUAAUUUUCAAGAAGGUAAUGAAAAAAAACAAGCUGAAAAAAAAUUUAUUGAUAUUGCUGCUGCCAAAGAAGUACUGACUGAUCAAGAAAAAAGAGCUAAAUUUGAUCGUGGUGAAGAUCCACUUGAUCCUGAAUCUGGUAAACAUUCAGGUUUCAAUCCCUUCCAAGAGUUCCAUCAAUUUCAAGGCUCACCCUUCCAAUUCAAAUUUCACUUCAACUAGGAACCAAUAAAUAAAUAUAUAAAUAAAUACAUAUAUAUAUAUUAUUAUUAUUUUUUUUCAAUUUUUAGGAAUUAUGAAUGCAAUUUGUUUACAACAAAUUUGCUUAACCAGAUUUUUUACAAUUUGAAAAAAGAAAAAACAUAAAAAAUAAAUUUAAGAAAUAAAAAAAAAAAAAGAAAAGAAUAGCUAGUUAGUAUAUUGGCUUUUGUAUAUAUUUUUAGAAUGAAAAGAAUUAUUAUCUCUUUUUUUUUUUUUUUUUUUCAUCUUACUUGAUUCAAUUUUAUGUCAUUUAAUGACUGUUAUUAUUUUUGCUCACAAUUUAUGCGAAUAAACUAAUUGUUAAUAUAUAUAUAUAUUUUUUUUUUUUGUGCAAUUUAAUUCUAAAAACAAAAUUGUACUUUCAUAUCACAUAUCAUUCAGAUUUUUGUUGAUACUUUAAUUGAAUUAUUUUUUAUUAAAAAAUAUAAUUUUUUUUAUCAUUUGAUCCUACAUGAAUUCAACGUCAAAUGUACAGACUAACAAUUACUUAUCAUCAAUCUUAAAAAGGAUAAAAAUAUUAUAAAUCUCAAAACAAUAAAUAUGUAUAUUUUGUUUAUUAAUUUGUUUUAUUUUUUUUCAUAUUGAACUUCCGUGAAAGUUAGUUUUUAUAAAUAAAAAUAAAUAAUGUACGAAUUAGAAAAGUUGCUUUUUUGGAGAGAAUUUGUAUCGUGUGCUGUGGGCGAUUGUUGUUUUUUGUUCAAGUAAUAUUAAUUGUAAAUAUAAUGAUAAAAUUAAUAAAUGCCAGAAACGAAUGAAAAUAAAAACAAGUAUGAUUGAUUAUAAUAAAUAAUUUAUCAAUGUUUAUAAAUAUUAUUGUGAAAUCAGCACAAUAAUUUUCCAAUGGUCAUAAUAAUUUUAAUAAAUAAUCAUAAAUUAAA